GAGAGAGAGAGAGAGAGAGAAAAGCGAGAAUUGCCAGGUCUCGAGGGGACGCGGUCGCUUCGAGAGAUCGCGCGAUCAUCCACGAGGCGCUUCGAGGUUUUCUCGAUUUCGUAGAGGGAAGUAGACGGGGCGUGGGCCCCGUGUUCACGCCCCCGUAAUCGAUUUUUAGACUAGCUAACUAGCUAACCGUAAAUCGUGUUCGUUUGCCUUUCCAUCUUUCUUCGUUUCAUUCUUCUGUUUCCUCUCUCUUGUUUCUUACUUCUCUCGUCUAUCGUAGCCGGGACGGAAUCUAGCCGAUAAGUGUCGUUUACGCGAUAACGCGCACUAGUACCAUUACCGAGACGAUAACGAUAGCAAUAGCGGUAGAACGUGUUAAAUGAUAAUAAACGAAAACGAGCGCUAGAAAAACAAAACAAAACAAAAAAAAAAAAAAAAAAAAAAAAAAAAAGAACAGAAAAGGAAAAGCCGACUUUGCAGCACUGAAGUGAUGACGUGUUCUAGAUAACAUGACCGACAAAUUUGGCUCGCAAAUAAAUGAACUUUGGGCUAACUUUGGUUCAGAUUUUACGUACCCUGGUAACCUGCCCUCAUAUGUUGAGGAUUAUUUUGAAGAGCAGAACGGCCGAGUUACGCUGCCAGCUCGAACACUGCCUUCUCACGUACAGUGUCUGCCUCAACCUGGUCCUUUUUUACCGUGCCAAGAUCUCUUCGACUGGUGGACUCUGCGUUGCGGCGUGUGGGUAGUAUUUUUGCUCGCCAUGCUUGGAAACGGGACCGUGGUGUUUGUAUUGAUAUUCUCCAGAAGCAAGAUGGAUGUUCCCCGGUUCCUCGUUUGCAACCUCGCGGCAGCAGAUUUCUUCAUGGGCAUUUAUUUAGGCCUCUUGGCGGUGGUGGAUGCAUCGACGCUUGGUGAAUUCCGGAUGUACGCCAUUCCAUGGCAAACGUCCGCUGGAUGUCAACUAGCUGGCUUCCUGGGUGUUCUCAGUUCCGAAUUAAGCGUGUACACGUUAGCGGUGAUCACUCUGGAAAGAAACUACGCCAUAACACACGCCAUGCAUCUGAACAAAAGGCUCUCCCUCAAACACGCGGGCUAUAUAAUGACCGUAGGUUGGUGUUUCGCCCUGUCGAUGGCAAGUCUGCCCCUGAUCGGUGUCUCCGAUUACAGAAAGUUCGCCAUAUGUCUGCCAUUCGAGACCAACGGGAACGCGGCACUGGCUUACGUGAUCUUUCUAAUGUUGAUCAACGGCGUUGCGUUUCUCAUAUUGAUGGGAUGCUAUCUGAAGAUGUACUGCGCGAUCAGAGGCUCCCAGGCGUGGAACUCGAACGAUUCUCGGAUUGCUAAGCGGAUGGCUCUGCUGGUGUUCACCGACUUCCUCUGCUGGUCACCCAUAGCGUUCUUCUCGCUGACCGCCACGUUUGGGUUGCAGCUGGUGUCCCUCGAACAGGCGAAGGUGUUCGCCGUGUUCGUGCUGCCGUUGAACUCCUGCUGCAAUCCGUUUCUCUACGCCAUCUUGACCAAACAGUUCAAGAAAGACUGCGUGCUUAUAUGCAAGGCGAUCGAGGAGUCUAGGGUGACCAGGGGGAUCGGCAGAUGUCGGCACAGCUCCAACUUCAGCAACAGGCAGACACCGGUGAACACGAACAGUCUGGUGGACAGAUCGUCGCGAGAAAAUCAGACACCGUGCGCCUGUAAUUCAAGAUUGCUCGAGACCAGCCAGUGUUCCGGCUACCGGCGAUGGGGCACCAGGAUACUGUGGCCAUGCGCCAGAGACACCAGACCCAGACACGCUCGUAGCGAUCAGUACGCUUACCAGAUCGCCGAGAUUCAACAGAAACAGCACAAACGGGCCUCGUCGGUGUCCUCCAGCGAGAACUUCUCCUCAUCCAGGUCGGACUCUUGGAGGCAGACUCAUCACUGCGGCAUCCCGUUGAGGUUGUUGGACCCGAAACGAAGAGCUUCCUCGUGGCUGAUCACUAGGAAACCGUCGCAAGACUCGAACCUCAGCUCCUCCAGGAACGAUUCCUCCGGCUCUGCCACCACUGCCAGCACAAGCACUUGGAGAAUCUCAAGGUCCAGCGCGUCGCUGGAGGUAACCGCGAGGAACACGCCUAGGCCAGCUAGGUCGAAGCCACGGCUCACUCGUCAGCUGGCCAUCCAGGAACCUGAACCACCCGGAUCACCGAGCAGACUGGCCGUGAGGCUCCUUGCAACUAUACCCUCCGCGGCAGAGACCAGCGAUCAACAAGACGACGACAAUACGCCGCAAAAUUGAACCAUCAUCUUACGCGCAUUUCUGUUUAUUAGAGAUUGUAGUCGAUUGUAAUAGAGUAAAGACAUGGGUCACUCGUUGCUCCCGAACGGUUCAGUAUUAAGUGUCCUCUGAGAGAGAGAGAGAGAGAGAGAGAGAGAUGUGAGAAGAUGACUUGUAUUCGUAUUGAUGAUUCUCAUUGUUGCACGUACGAAUGGAGAAAAAAUGGACAAUUCAGCAGGGAUUCUUCUUUCAACGUUUGUGAUUAAAAAAACGUUGUUCGUAAUAUACAUUUAAAUAUUUAAAAAUAUCACUAUUUUCUUUUUCGUUUUUUUCUUGUCAAAGAGUCUUUGAAAAGGAAAUCUGCAAAACGUUAAAAGGAGAAGAAUAUAACAAUACUUUUAUUCCCUUUGUACAAUUAUUCAAUUUUGGUAGAAUUAUUCAACGAUAUGGUAGAUCGUUUAGACUCGUGGAAAGAUCAAUCGACCGUCCGUUGAACGUGCACGCGAGAAAUUGCACCGUAAGUAAGCGCAAUUGACGAAAACAAUAGUCAAAUUCGAUUCAAUACUGCCAAUUUUAACAUAUUGACUGUCGAAGGAAUUUUAUACUUUGUACCAAUAUUUCAAGUAAACGUUCAAGUAGAGAAUUUGCUACGAUAUUUUUCAUAUGUGAAAUUCGUUUGAGCUUUGUAUUAUGAUCUAAACAUUCAUUACACGUUAUAUGAAGUUCUAUUCCAAGACAGGCAACGUGUUAAUUUUAUAGUGUAACGUACUAAUUUAGUUUGUCGGAUGAGUUUGAUUUGAUACGAUAGCGAAAUGAGGUGUGGAGGUACGAAGAAACGCGUCAAUUUCAUUUGGGCUUCUCUAUCGAAAGAAGAUCCUGAAAAUUGUAACUUCAAAUCCACGACGAUGAACUCAACGUUCUAUAUAGUUUUCAAUUAAUAUUAGAGCGUUGAACUCUAUUUAUUGACAAAACUUAAAAAUGGGACACACAGUAUUUCUCCCUCUUUUCUCGUUCAAUUUCUUUGGACAAAUUACAUUCGGCUCAAUAGAAACUCGAACGCUUCUUUAUUCGUUGUUCAUAGGAAAGUCUGUCCACGACGGAAUCAGUAUUUCAAAUCCAUUGUUCGAUUGUUAAUGAGCGUGUUUGCGUUUACAUAAGACUGAUCGUUUAUACAAUUUGUCCUAUUACUUUGGAUUUCUAGUUGAAGAUCUGAACACGUAAUACGAUUUCUAAUCAAGCGUCAUAAUACCCGUGACGAUUAAUUUAUUUAUUAAUUAAUACGUAAGAUGGUCGAUAAAUUCUCAAAUAAGUUGAAUUUCAAGGAUAUUUAAUAUACUCCAUAUAUACACAUUCUUUGUGGCAAGAAAAUUCACUUUAGAAUGAAUGCAUGUAGCAGGUAUAUACACAAUUGUUUGAAAAUUUAUGGACCAACUUAAAGCCAGUGUAUCCAUUACUGUGUUCGUUAAUCAGAAAGAUGAACGAUCAUAGAUCUGUGCAGCUAUAGUUAGUUGAUCGUUAGGUCAUAGACCACUCUAGCCUAAAGACUAUUAUAAGAUCGUUACGGCGUGUGCAGAUGUUUAUACGUGGUUUUAAAUUAAUGACAAAGAUAUUCGCUAGUUAUUAGUUGCCGGACUUAUUUGUUGACGAGUGCGUUACUUUCCUCUUUGCGCGUUGAAUGUCGUUUAAGACCUCCAGAUUGUAAUUCUGGACUUUCUCAAAGGAUAUUCUAUAAUUACAUCCAGUGUCCUCGUCGAAUAAAAGAUAUCUUUUACUAGGAAAAAGAUUAACUAAAGAAUUAACUGAAGAAUUAACAAAAUAAUCUUGUAUUGUAUUAUGUAUUCUAUAUUAUAUUAUGCAUUAUAUAUAAGAGAAAACUAACACACCUGACUGUUACAAUUUGAUGAAAUUAUUUGGAACGACAGAGACUUUAAAGCAGAAAUUUUUGAGAAAAGAAGAAAAACCAGAAUUUACGUCUGAAUGUCCUUGAACUGUAUAAACUGUAUGAAUCUAAGCCACCAAAAAAGCUACAGAGAUUUUUAAUUUGCCGCAACAUUGAAGUUUAAGCAUUUCGUCGGUAAAAAACGUGAUUUUUUGCGUGUGUGUCCGGUUGAAAACUAUUUAAUAACAUUUUUCUAAUAAAAUAGCGAAUUACAACGAACAGAAUCGUUGUAUUGUGUAUUACCCUUGGGAGAGAAUGAGAGAGAGAAAGAUUCGACAAGACUAAAAGAAGAAAAGAAGAAACGGAAGCCAACAGCUGCCGGCUUUUAUGAAAUUUCUUUAUUUUUGAAAAAAAAAAAAAAAAUGUUUCUGUCGCGUUACAAGGAAGACCUAUCUCUCGCCAUCAAAACAGCGAACAAUAUAACAAUAAUAUAAUAGGAAUAAUUUACAGGUUUAU